CGAGAUAGCAUAUUACGUGACUCUAAGCUCCAUAAUAAUCUUUUACCUUUUAACGUGGACGUCCUUAGGCCGUCGGCCGUCUCGUUAUAUAUUAAGGGGAGAAUCCUUCUUAUUACGUAUAAUAUUACCUCCCCUCUUAGGGCUAUUAUCUUAAUACCCUAG